UGCCAUCUUUGCAGGCGCUCUGAGGGGAAGCCGUUUGGGAAAUUCAUGGCCAAAUGCAGAGUGGUGGCCGAGGAAAAGCAGUUUAGAGGCACGAUGUCGGCCACGCAGGGGAUGAACCGCAGCGGCGUCUACAACUACUUCCUCAACAUGGUGGCCUAUCAGAUCUGCUGCUGCUGUGGCCCGGCUCCCUGCUCGCUCUGCUGUGCCUUCUGCCCUCCGGUCAAAUCGUCCACCAGCACCCGGGUCAUGUACACCCUCUUCCACAUCAUGAGCUGCGCCGUGUCCUGCCUCAUGCUGUCCAGAACCGUCUCCGAGCUCGUCAGGGAAAAUGUGCCUUUCUUCAACGUGGUUUGCGACCAGGCUCACGGCGGAGGCCACUGUGAGAUGCUGGUGGGCUACUCGGCCGUCUACAGAGUCUGCUUUGGCACUUCCUGCUUCUACCUGAUGAUGGCGAUCUUCCUCAUCGACGUCAAGUCCAGUCAGGACUUCAGGGCGCUGAUACACAACGGCUUCUGGUUCCUGAAGUUCAUCACGCUGCUCGGGAUGUGCACCGCCGCCUUCUUCAUCCCGACCGAGUCCUUCCUGCACGCUUGGCAUUAUGUUGGUGUGGUGGGAGGAUUUGCCUUCAUCCUCAUCCAACUCAUCCUCAUCACUGCUUUUGCACACACCUGGAACAAGAACUGGCUGACCGGGGCAGCAGAGAACAAGCGGUGGUACCUGGCGGUGAUGUGCGCCACCCUCUUCUUCUACACCAUCGCCACCAUGGCCUUCACCUUCAUGUACAAGUACUACACCCACCCCAUCGCCUGCCACUUCAACAAGGCGCUGCUGUGGAUCAACCUGGGCCUCUGCGGCCUCAUGUCCUUCAUUGCCGUCACUCCGUGCGUGAAGCAGAAACAGCCUCGCUCCGGCCUCCUCCAGGCCUCCAUCAUCAGCUGCUACGUCAUGUACCUCACGUUCUCUGCUCUGUCCAGCCGUCCGCCGGAGAAAG